AUUUUUCCAUUUCUAUUGGGUGAUCAGGAAAUAUAUGAACUAGGUGGAAGGAAAUUUGCAUUUCAAAGUGUAGGGCCUUUGGGUUGUCUUCCAUGGAUGAGGGCAAUAUACAACUCCACAGGUGAAUGUGUCGAAUUUCUCCAAAUUCUAGCAACCAUGCACAACAAUGCUCUAGCAAAAGCUGCUGAGGAAUUAGAAAUCAAGCUAUCUGGAUUUAAGUAUUUAAUAUUUGAUUUCUUCACCUCACUCAUGGAUAGAACAAAUAACCCCGCAAAAUACGGUUUCAAGGUGGGUGACAUUGCAUGCUGUGGUGGCGGAGCAUACCAUGGCGCGACCGCUUGCGGAUGGUUAACAGAAGAAUACGAACUAUGCAGCGACCCCAAUGAAUUUGUCUUCUGGGAUGCUGCCCAUCCUACCGAACACUGCUACUCUCAAUUAGCUGAGUUGUUGUGGAAUGGAACGGGUAACGUUACUUGGCCUCUUAACAUGAAGCAACUAUACGAACUCGAUAUAGACACUAAGGUUUCUUCUCAGGACAUUGAUCUUAUAGAUGUUGUAUAAUUUUUUUUUUCAGUAAAAGUAUGGAUAAUUC